AUGGUACUAGCUGAUGUAGAGGACACUGGGGCAGACAUUCCUGCAGACACAGGCGCCCAGGCUGCUAAGGAUGAGCAUGAGGGAUUUCCGGGUGGUCCGAGCGACCCAUCCGUGCUUACCCAGUAUGCGGAUCACGUAGCUUGCAGCGUAUGGACGGGAGAGAGGCUUCCAGGGCUGAGACAAGGCAAUGUCAUGGACCGUACGUACGCCUGUAAUGGGUACGUGAUAUCUACGAGCGCCGAUGCCAGGCAGUGUUGGAUAUACGAGCACUUUCCCUCAGUCGCGGAGUCCACUGCUGAUCAGGACUACGACGAGGAUUCACCGCAUGCCUGUAGGUGGAUUGUGACGAAGAAGACCGUGAAGAGCAUACAUACACCGGCAUACAGGGAGCGCCUGGACCAACUCCAGAUUUCAGAUGUCUGUUGGAUCCCAUAUGGGGAGCACCAACCGGUCUGGGACUUCCAUUUGAUUUCAUGCUAUUCCGGUCUCCUGCGCUGGGGGCUCGUUGCUGUGUAUUACCGACUAGAGAGGUUCAUGCGGCAGUUUGGAUACACCCAGAUCAUUCCUGCUCCGCCUGUCGAUUCAUGGGUGUCGUAUGAUGAUAUACACGAUAGGUGGAUGCACUACUCGGAUCAUAUGGUUCCAGCAGGUGAGGUGUGCGCUGUGCCACGUCAGUGUGCCAACGACUACAUGGACUGGUUCUUCCGCAUCUCGCAUCCUUUCAUGACACCAGGCCAGGCAUCAUAUCCUCUGCCAAAUGGUCAUGCUCCGCAGCCCCGAGUCGUCCCUUAG